AUGUCUCCUCCAAUCCAGACCGUCCCCGCCCGCCGUGGAGCAGCAACGGUAGUCAAAGCCGGCAAGAAGAUUAAGAUAACCAAUACCCACGGAAACCAAGUAGUCGAUACCUGGGCACUCGCGCUUCCCUCUUCAGCCCUCACGACCGCGUCUUCCAAGGUCGAAGCGGCACUUUACCCAAACGCAACCGCCGACUCACCGACCAAAUACUCACCCGUUGCCAAUGCCGCCGCCAGUGCGCCUGAAUACAUGUCUAUGUGCCACUGCCGCGCAACGUUGCUAAAAGUUACACCUGAAGUGGGUGAUGUGAUGGUUAGUCAAAAAAGGGCGCCAAUGGUAAAGCUGGUAGAGGACACAAGCCCUGGUGUACAUGAUACUUUGAUUGCGGCGUGCGAUAGGUGGCGGUACAGCGAGCUGGGUGUCAAUGAAUACCAUGAAAGCUGUACAGACAACUUCUGGGACUCCCUGUACUCUCUUUCUACCUCAUCAUCUCUUUCAGGUGAAGAGAAAAAGGGCCUGGAAAUGUUGCAGGGGAAGUUGGGAAGCAGGGUGCCUGAUCCUUUCAACUUGUUCAUGAACAUUCCCAUCACAAAGGAGGGUGAGGGUGCCAAGCGGGGCGUGAGCUUUGAAGAGCCAAAGACAAAGCCAGGCGAUUACGUAGUUUUGGAGGCGCUGCGGGAUGUAGUUGUGGUGAUGAGUGCAUGUCCUCAAGAUGUUCUGGCCAUCAAUGGGAAGAACCCUGUAGAUGCUCAUUUUCAAAUCUUGGGCUGA